UCUUUUACCGUCUUCGGUAUUUUAGUUGGUUUCGAUUUUUGAGAUGGAACCACAGAUGUCUGGUGCUGGUAAAUCUAUUUAUGCGGAGGAUUCUGUGGCCAUGAGGAAGCUUCGUUUGUUCCGCGCAGAUUCGGAGAAUAGCCCUAAUUAUGGGUCCAUCUUUCAGGAUAGAUUCAUCCCUAAAUCUCAAGCCCCGGGUUUUCAUACCAUUGAUAACAGUUCGAGAUUGUUAGCCCCCGAAGUCACUCCCCCCAAAUUGCUUCCCUUUGAUAAUUUUCCUCGUCUGUGUGUUGAGCCUGGGGAUUAUACUAAUGAGCCAAGAUACUGUCGAGAUCUUCCAUUUCGUUUAGCAGUCCCCUCUUUGAUGGAUCCUCCGAAAUUUACACAAGCAUGGUGUACGCACUGGUAUAAUGAGUUAACCCGCAUGAUUGAAUUUGUGUGUGAUGUUGCUGGUCCGAUGGGGGUGGUCAGCCCUCAUGUAUUAAAUGCUCGAGGGCGUAUCCGGCUUGCACCCGAUGUUUCUACUGUCAUGGGUAAAACCUGGAUCAAGGGGAAAGAAUGUCGUGGAUUCGGCGCAGAAAGGAAAGGCUGUAAAGGAAGUUGCUGGAAACACUCAGUCGACAAGGCGUCCUCGGUUAGUGAUUCGGAAUAGCGAGGAGUCGACAGCUUCAUCAGAUAGUCAAAAAGAUAAAGACAGAGUGUCUUUGAUUUGUGUGUUAAUUCGCACGUGAUUGUCGUAAGGCAUCUUUAAUAUUUAUUGGCAUGUUGUCCACGUCAGCAGUUGUUUGAAAAUCUAUAAACACACUCCUCUUGUUUAGAGUUCAUUUCCUCUGUGUUUGAAAUUUGCUUUUGUUGGUUUUAUUUUUUGUUAGUGAGCGGUGUAGCUAGCCCUCAGCAUUCCUUUUCCGGCGUCAGUUCGCAGAUAAACAGAUGACUCGUUCGGAAUAUCCAGCUGAGCAAACUAGUUCAAAGAAGAGGAGGCAUCCAGGAAUCAUGGCGGUUCUGGGUCGAAACAUCCCGAUGUAACAUUGCCUAUUGCUAUUGGUAGUCCGAAUUAGCUUGUAGGUCAAGCGACCUGGUUUGAUUUCAAAGGGAACGAGGCUCCUGUGGCCAGCAAAUACACUCUCCUCGUGCCCGUAUACAAUUUUUCAGUCUCUCCGGAAUGUUGGUUAAACUUCAACAUAGAAGUCACUAACAAGCUGGUUAGGACAAGAUUAGGAAAUUGAUGUAAUCUUAAGGGAAUUAGAAGUCAUCUACUUCUAAGAAAAGGAAAGACA